AUGUCGAACUAUGGCAGCGGUUAUCCCCCACCUCCACCUGAAGGUGGUGGUUAUCCUCCCUCCGGUUAUCAGCCUCCGGAAGAAGGUGGUUAUCGUUCUCCUGAUUAUGGAUAUCCAGCGCAAAAUGUGCAAGAUUCAUUUGUGUCACGGCCCAUACACUACCCGGAUCAAACUUCGCAGCCUUUGCUGCCUCAGGAAACCACCGUGGCCUUUAAUGUAGCACCCGAGACUCGUCACUAUGGACGGGCCCCGAUGCGUCAACCUCGUCGUUACAAAACUGUAAAGCGCGUAAAAUUAUUCGAAGGAAAUUUUGUGAUAGAUUGUCCUGUGCCUGAGAGGUUAUUACAACAUGUUCCUAGAAAAGGAGAUCGAGAAUUUACACACAUGAGGUAUACUGCUUGUACAUGUAAGCCGGACGAAUUCAAAGAUUCCAAAUAUACCCUUCGUCAACAGCUACUUGAUCCUCCAAGGCAAACGGAAUUAUUUAUAGUGUUGACCAUGUAUAAU